ACUAUGGUAAUGGUUAACCAGAUAAUUCUCUCAGGGGGUGGGAAUUGAAAACAGUCACAAUUUAUUCUGUCUCUUCUCUGCUUUCCCGCCGUCAAUGACUUGAAUUCAUUCAAAGCAGGACUCAGAAUGGAGGAGACGUCACAACAAGAGAACCAAGAGCUGGAAUGUAAAAAUCCUGAUGAGGACCAAGGGGGGAUCCGUCGACGGUUGCGGGACAGGAAUCUUCUCAGGAAGAGGAAGGCUGAAGCAGAAGCAAAGGAGACUAACCAGGUGGAGAGUCCGAGAAAAAGACCAAGAGCUGAAAACAGUGGUGAUAAAAGGAGAGGGAGGCCCAGGAAGAACAAGCCACUAGAGAUAUCUUUCGCUCAGGAAGAGACAGCAGUGCCUCAGGAAGCUCCCGCAGUACUGCCUGUACCUGCCGAGGUCAUACCAGAACAAGCAUCAGGCUCCCUGGAAUCACAGCCAACCUCUGUCCUUGCUGCCCCAGGUCCUCUGACCCUGUUUGGAUCCUUCCAAAACCCUGUCUUUACUCCAACUCUGACCUCUCCAGCCCUAGUUGAUCCAACUCAAGCUCUCAUUUCACUCUCACGUCCUGCUCCCUCCACCACCAAAGUUCUAGAUACAGCUCCCGUCCCUGUCCAAGAAAUGGCUUCAGGGUCGGCUUCAGCUCCAGUUGCUGUUCCAGUCCCCACCCCAGACCCAGAUCCAGUCCAAGAGCUAGGCUCAGCCCCUUCAGAAAUCCCUGUUCCUACUGCAGCUCCUGACCCUCAGUCAGCCCCUGACCAGGUGGAGACCCUCUACACGGGCACACAAGGCAAGGAGGCCCUUAACCAGGUCAUCAUUGAGGACUUGGGCCCAGAUGAAGAGGAAGGCAUCACUCUAUCACAGGAAAAUAAUGAAAAAGAUCUGAGUGGGACGCCUUCAUUCACUGAACCUGAACAAAGUAAAAUGUUCUCUGUUCCAACCUUGUCCUCGCAGCCUCUUCCACCAGAGUAUCUCCCUGGAAAUUCACUUUAAUUCUUUUGAAGAAAUAAAUAAUGCGUCAGUCAAAGCCGAGCUGCAUCUUUUUCAGUCAGAGUUUGAAUCAGAUUUUUAUAUGUUAACGUGCAGCCUAUUGGUUAAAGAAAACAUACAGGUCAAGCAAACACUUUGCCUAUUUGAUGAAUGUAUGAAUUCACAACAAACCUGUGUGCCUAUUUAUUCUGGUUGUGCUUCAAGCUGAAGCUCAUGAAUUUUAUUUUGUAUAUUGCAGUUACUUAACAGCAAAUUUUACUGCUUUUAUUUAAAGAAUAAAUGGCCUAAUUUACUGUUAAUGAUGUUUUUGUAAUUGUGGAUUUAUUUGAUUGAAUUUGUAAAAUUUGUUUAACACCAAAUAAAAUACCCAGCGAACAAUCACA